AUGCGUCGGGAAAGCAUUCAUGAUGUCCAUACUCCAGGUGGAAUGAUGGAGAAGCCACGGGGCUCAGUCUCUAAAGAAGAUGGCCUUGCCCUUGAGCCUACGCGAAGCAUAGAGGAGGUUCAGGCUAUAGAGAUGCAGGAGGGCAAGCAUGGCCAGUUUCAUCGAUCUUUCACCCCUAGACAAGUCCAUAUCAUUGCUCUAGGUUCCAACAUCGGUUCCGGUGUCUUCAUCGCCACUGGCAAAGCUCUAGCUACUGGUGGCCCAGGAAACAUGGUCAUCGCCUAUUUCAUGGUCUGCACCUGUGUCUGGGCUGUUCUACAAUCCCUUUCCGAGAUGACGAUCGCCUUUCCUGUCUCGGGCAACUAUAUCGAUUAUGCGGACCGUUGGGUAGAUCCUGCUUUGGCAUUCGGAGCUGGUUUCGCUGAGUGGCUUGGCUGGACUGCGAUUGUGUCUGCCGAAGCUGGUUUCUUCCACAUUCUGGUAGGAUAUUGGUCUAAUGGUUCCUUUCCUUUGGCCGCAUCCCUCAGCAUCUUCAUGUUCGCUUGCCUCGUUAUCUUCCUCCUCCCAAACACGGUCUUCGCCUGGUUCGAAUAUGUAACAUCUCUGAUCAAGAUCUUCCUCUUCUUGAUUAUCAUUACGCUUUCCUUGGCGUUGGUCCUUGGAGCUGGCCCUAAUGGCUCUGUUCACCAUGGAGAGACAUGGACUGAACUACCAGCAUUCCUGAAUGGCUUCUCGGGAUUCGCCAACUGUGCCCUGCUUGCAACCUGGGCAGUCGGUGAUCAAGUCUUCAUCGGUAUCAUGGGUGGCGAGGCAGAGAGUCCACGCUUCUCCCUUGCACAUGCUACCAAGCUGGUUCCCUUCCGAGUCAACUUCAUCUACAUGAUCAGCGUCGUUUUCAUCACCAUUCUGGUGCCCUCCAACGAUGAGCGUCUCCUUGGCGGAGGCGGUGUUGCUGCAUCGCCUUUCGUUGUCGCGGUCCAAGACUCUGGAAUUCCUGCUAUUGCUUCUAUCCUCAACGCUGGAAUGAUUUGUGGUGUCCUUGCCAUCGCCGCCGAGUCUGUGUAUCUCUCGUCAAGAGUGCUGAGGACAAUGUCUCACCAGGGUCUGAUCUCAACACGUCUUGCUAAGGUUGAUGACAAGGGACGACCUAGACUUGCUUUGAUCAUCACCUCAGUGGUGGCUGUUGUACUUGGAUACAUUCAACUGUCCGCUGGUGGACUUACUGUCCUGAACUGGCUAAUCUCCAUUACAAGUGCAUCCUUCUUCAGCAACUGGAUCAUCAUUUCCUUUACCAACUACAGAUUCCAUUGUGCUCUCAAGGCUCAAAACGACCAGCUCUUCUCCGAGACAUACGCCUGGAAGUCCGAUGCUUGGCCCCUAGCACCAGCUUGGUUGAUGCUUAUCUCUGUCAUGUUGCUGGUCUGCUGUAUCUACUCUGGUAUCAACCCGGUUGGCAGCGCUGGCUUCACCGCCGAGAACUUCUUCCAGUACAUGAUCGGAGUUUUGGUCAUCUUCGGCUUCACUCUUGGAUACAAGCUUAUCUACAGGACACCCUGGAGAGACCCUGCUACUGCUGACUGUCUCACUGGCCGACGACAUCUCAGUGUUGAUGAGAUCAAGCAACUUGAUGAAUACUAUUCCAAGCCCAAGUGGAGACGCUUCCUCACUUAUGUCCAGCUGUGGUAA